AUCUCACUUCAUCUUCUUCCUCACCUCCUUCAACAAUCUCUACAUUAACUCUCAAGCUCCAAUCGGAUCCCAAAAACAAUGGACGGAAUCAGCUCCGCAGACGAAACCACAACCAGCGAAUCCAUAUCAAUCACCAUCUCGCCGCCGGCGGCAAAGUCGCCGCCGGAAAGCCUCCGCCGCGUCGGCAGCGGCGCCAGCGUAGUACUCGAUGCAGAAAACGGCGUCGAAGCUGAAUCGUCGAAGAAACUGCCGUCUUCGAGAUUCAAAGGCGUCGUUCCUCAGCCCAACGGCCGGUGGGGAGCUCAAAUCUACGAGAAGCACCAGAGAGUCUGGUUAGGGACUUUCAACGAGGAAGAAGAAGCCGCCAGAGCCUACGACACGGCGGCGCAGCGGUUCCGCGGCCGCGACGCCGUCACGAACUUCAGGCCAUUGUCGCCGGAAUCAGAGGACGACGAAAUCGAGGCGGCGUUCCUCCGCGCGCACUCCAAAUCGGAGAUCGUCGACAUGCUCCGGAAGCACACCUACGGCGACGAGCUACACCAGAGCCGGAGAAAUUACGCCGGAAAAAGGACCGGCGGCUCCGGCGGAGGCCGAUCGGCGAAUUUGAAGGCGGCGCGUGAGCACCUCUUCGAGAAGGCGGUUACUCCGAGCGACGUCGGAAAGCUGAACCGCCUCGUCAUCCCCAAACAGCACGCCGAGAAACACUUCCCGCUGCAAAACGGCAGCCAUUCGAAGGGAAUCCUUCUGAACUUCGAGGACGCCGGCGGCAAGGUGUGGCGGUUCCGAUACUCCUACUGGAAUUCGAGUCAGAGCUACGUGCUCACCAAAGGAUGGAGCCGAUUCGUGAAGGAGAAGGAUCUCUCCGCCGGCGACAUUGUUACCUUCCAGAAAUCCACCGCCGGCGACCGGCAACUGUACAUUGAUUGGAAAUCGAGGAGCGGACCGGUCCGGUCCCGGCCCGGUCCGGUCCAGAUGUUCCGCCUGUUCGGCGUGAAUAUAUUCGAGGAACAGAGUAACGGUAACGGUGACGGCGUGGUGGCGUGCGACGUUAACGUUAGUAGCUGCGGUGGGAAAAGGAUGAGGGAAAUGGAGAUGGAGAUUUUGGGGUUGGAUUACAGCAAAAAGCAAAGGGCAAUUAAUGCUUUGUAACAUUUUAAUUUAAAAUUGAAUUUAUUUUAAUUUAGUGAUUAGCUGUAAUUUUUAUUUUUAUUUUUUCUUGAAAUGUUGUUGCAAGUUGCAAGAAAAGCUGCAAUUGUAUAGUAACCAGACAUGAAAAAAGAAAUGCAAAAAAUUAAAUGGAAAUUCUUUUUUGGUUCU